GAAAAAGGAAGUGUGAAAAGUGGAUGCUUUUACCACGUAAUUGGUGAUAGUAUUAUCUGGAGUGUGCACUUGAACGAAUUGGUGUUACACACGAACAAAACACCAAACGGAUUGCUCUUCUUGGGCCCAGGAGAGAGACAAAGAGGUGAAUGUUGUGCGAUAAGACUGCCAAUUCUUUGCUGUAAUCUAUGGGAUCAUGCUCGAUACACCCGAAAGUCCACAGUACAGCAUCAAUAACGCUGAUCCCUAUCCUGAAAUCAGUGAUGAUGAUUCCCCGUUGAUCUACGGACCAAAGCCAACAGCUGAUGGCAAGUUUCCCAAAGCCCGGCAUUUGCUGGGUCUUAUGGGUUUUCUGGGUUUUGCCAAUGUCUAUGCCAUGCGUGUGAAUUUGUCCGUGGCAAUUGUGGCCAUGGUCAAUCAUACGGCAAUUCCAGAGCAAAAUACCACAAAUCUGGAUGAUGUAUGUCCAGCUCCGGGAAAUGACACGGACAAUGGUCCGGUGCUCAAUGGGGAAUUUGCAUGGGAUGAAUCGACACAGGGAAUUGUUCUGGGUGCCUUCUUCUAUGGCUAUGUCCUGACCCAAAUUCCGGGUGGACGAUUGGCUGAGACUGUGGGUGGUAAGAUGAUCUAUGGAAUUGGUGUCUUGAUCACGGCCAUCUUCACAUUCCUAACGCCAAUUGCGGCGUACUGGAGUCUACCGGCUCUUGUGAUUGUGCGAGUGAUUGAGGGAAUGGGCGAAGGAGUGACAUUUCCAGCGAUGCAUGCAAUGCUAGCCAAAUGGAUUCCACCAUUGGAACGGAGCAAAUUUGCCGCUGUCGUCUAUGCAGGGGCCAAUUUUGGCACAAUUAUCUCUCUUCCACUCUCGGGAUGGCUCUGUUCGUUGGAUUUCCUGGAUGGAUGGCCAUUGGCUUUCUAUCUGUUUGGUGCCUUGGGGGUUGUGUGGUUCAUCUUUUGGAUGUACCUUGUGUACAAUUCGCCAUCACAGCAUCCACGAAUUAGUCCCCAGGAGAAGCACUACAUUCAGCGGAGUCUGCAGAGAUUGGAUGAUGAAUUGCUGGAUACCACAGGAGACAAUUCCAUUCCAUGGCGAAGUAUCUUGACGUGUCUGCCCAUGUGGGCCAUUUUGGUGACACAAUGUGGACAAGCAUGGGCUUUCUACACCCUCCUGACUGAAUUACCCACCUACAUGGACAAUAUCCUGCAUUUUGGCAUCAAUGCCAAUGCCGUCCUGUCAUCACUGCAAUAUCUGACAGCAUGGAUCUUUGGCAUUGGCUCAUCCAUUGUGGCUGACUGGAUCCUGGCCAAGGGAUGGCUCAGUCAGAAGAAUUCGUACAAAUUGUGGAAUUCAGUGGCUUCCAUUGUGCCCUCAAUUGGGCUCGUUGGGGUCGCUUGGGUGGGAUGCAACUGGAAACUGGCCAUGCUGAUGCUGGCGGGUUUUGGAGCAUUUCAGGGAGCCGUUUAUCCAGGCAAUCAGAUGAAUCACAUCACACUGAGUCCUCGAUAUGCGGGCACGAUGCUGGGAAUAACGAAUGCAGCUGGAAAUACUUGUGGCUUCCUUGCGCCCUAUAUCAUUGGGUCAAUUAUCAAAGGCAGCGAAACCCUUUCGACCUGGCGGGGUGUCUUCUAUCUGGCGGCCGUGCUCAAUGUGUCCGGAAACUUCUUCUACUUGCUCUUUGCGUCCGCCGACGAGCAACCGUGGUCGAAGCAGAGACCCCAUUUGCGCUAAUGAGAGGAUUUUCUUUUUUUAGUAGUCUUCUUGUCGCCAUCAAGUGGCUCGAUUAAUUGUGAUACCUCUCUUUCUCACGGAAAAUCUUUUUUUUUUUUUUUUUGUAACUACUUACCAAGUGAGAAUGGAUUUUGAUUUUUUUUUCGGUGGAGCAAGAGGGAUUCGCAAGGAAUCUUGAUUAAUCAUUGUGAUUCGUGACCAAACGUGCUUUCAAAACUUUUAUCCUUAACUUAAUGCAUUUUUUUUCGUGUGUUUGUAAAUGAAUCAGUAUCUCUUGACCCCACAGGAUUUUUUUUUUGUUUUUGAGGAGGAAACUUACCGAUCGUUUUUAGUUUAACAUGACGCAAUAUUAAAGUGGAAAAAAGUAUGAAAACUCUCAUUUUUAGAAGAUGAAAAUGUUUGUACAAAAAAAGAAUGAGAGAUGGAUAAAUUAAUAUUUUAUUAGGA